AGGAGCGGCACGGACAACAACACAGUCUCCCAGGUGUGUCACGGACCAUCCACGGACCUACCUCUCACCUCACCACGGACCCUAAAAACCCCGACAACGGACACAGACGGAUAUCUAAAAAAAAAACUUCCUCUGCCACGUACAGCAGAGAUCCGACGAACGCGCCACGAACGGACGGGAACGGACCGUUACGUACGCGACACAUGAGCUAAGAAGACAACAUGAAGACCGUUGCUGCCCUAGUACUGGCGGCGGUGGUGAUGGUAGGGACGGUGACGGCAGACUACCCGUCGCCCUCCCAUGGACAUACUGUCACCCAGAAAGCCUACAAACCCGCCAUCGAGUAUGCUGGGCCCAUCGUCUACUCCGACGAGAAGCCGCCCAUCAUACACUUCCCACGACCCCCACGACCCACGGUUGGUGGGUAUGGCAGUAAGGGCUCUGUCAAGUCUCAGCCCGUGAAGUACGUGCCGCUGCCUCACCACGAGCUGCCCGUACUCAUCUACCAGUCAGACAGCUCCCCACCAGUCCACGUAGUCCACACGCCCGCACCCGCUAUAAAGGGUCACAUUAAGGCCCACCCUAAACCCUCAUACAGCCCGCCACCCAAGGCUCCACGUCCAAGCUACGGCCCACCCAAGGCUCCUCCUCCUACCUACGGGCCACCCAAGGCUCCUCCUCCUACCUACGGGCCACCCAAAGCUCCUCCUCCAAGCUACGGCCCACCCAAGGCUCCUCCUCCAAGCUACGGCCCACCCAAGGCUCCUCCUCCAAGCUACGGCCCACCCAAGGCACCGAGACCCCAGUAUGGGGCACCAGCCAACACAGAACCCAUCUACAUCAGCGCCCCUCCAGCCCCCAGCCCUGUCCUGGUUCCCGCCCCCCAGCCCCAGUAUGCCCUCCCUAAUGCUCCCAAGCCCUCUUAUGGCUCUCCACCCACGGCCCCUACGGGCAGCUAUGGUCCUCCCAAGGCUCCCAGACCUACUUAUGGUCCUUCCCCAAAACCUACGCCAACGUAUGGCCCUCCACCUAAGAAAGGUUAUGGCCCUCCUCCCAAGGCCCAUUCCCCAUCCCAUGGUCAUCCCCCUACUAAGGCACCUGUGUACGCCCCCCCACCACCCACCUAUGGCCCACCUAAACCUGCACCCACCAAGGGCACGCCCCCCCCUCACAUCAUCUACGCUGGCCACCCUCCUAUCCACGUGUAUCAACAGCCCCCUGUCUACCAGGUCACUAAGGCCUCCAAGGGUCAGUAUGCCGCUCCCGCCGUCCCCAAGCCCAGCUACGGCCCCCCUCCCAAGGCCCCUGCCCCUACCUACGGGCCUCCCAAGGCUUCUCCACAGGCUCCCAGGCCAAGUUACAGACCACCUCCUAAAGCUCCUGCCCCGUCUUAUGGACCUCCAAAGGCGUCAUCCCCAUCUUAUGGACCUCCUCCAAAGGCACCAGCCCCGUCUUAUGGACCUCCAAAGGCACCAGCCCCAUCUUAUGGACCUCCUCCAAAGGCACCAGCCCCAUCUUAUGGAGCUCCUCCAAAGGCGCCAGCCCCGUCUUAUGGACCUCCAAAGGCGUCAUCCCCAUCUUAUGGACCUCCUCCAAAGGCACCAACCCCAUCUUAUGGACCUCCUUCAAAGGCACCAGCCCCAUCUUAUGGACCUCCAAAGGCGCCAGCCCCAUCUUAUGGACCUCCUCCAAAAGCACCAAGACCAAGCUAUGGUCCACCUCCAAAGGCACCAAGGCCAAGCUAUGGACCUCCUCCAAAGGCACCAAGGCCAAGCUAUGGUCCACCUCCAAAGGCUCCAAGACCAAGCUAUGGUCCACCUCCAAAGGCUCCAAGACCAAGCUAUGGUCCACCUCCAAAGGCUCCAAGACCAAGCUAUGGUCCACCUCCAAAGGCUCCAAGACCAAGCUAUGGUCCACCUCCAAAGGCAUCCAAACCGACAUACGGCCCCCCAUCAAAGGCGCCAGCACAUUCUUAUGGUCCACCUCCUUCUUACGGACCACUUAAGGCCACUAAGCCCGAGCCUACCUACCUACCCGCCCCCAAAGCCUUCCACAAGCCCCCCAUCAUCAUCUACCAGGGAGUGCGGCCGCCCGUGCACGUCUACCAGCAGCCCAGUGGCGAUCAUGCCGCCCCAGCCCAGCCUUCAAGCGGGUACGGGGCGCCCUCCACAUCACACGCCCGUGCGCCCUCCACACCACUCGCUUCCUAUGGUGCUCCAAAGGGUGAAGACAUCAUCAACGGCGGUGGCCACGGUGACUCGUACUCUUCUGGCAGCGCCCCCGUCGCUAACAUCUCUCCCGUCAAUGUUGCAACAACGACCCAUGUCAAGGCAGCACCCAACGCUGUUGCAGAGCCACCGCCACUGUUGCCGUCAACUGGAGGGUCGAGCUAUGCUGCCCUCAAGAAGAAAGAUGUGGAUGAAGAGGAGUUAACUGUGGUGGCUGAUUGGGAGCCCAAAGUCGGGUACUCAGCCUUCACAGACGCCAAACUCUCCGUCGACGCAAACAACCAAAAUACGGCCGAGGAACGUAUCGAGACCAACGUGGAUGUGAGCGAGGCCAAGGUCUCUGCCACGGUGUCUGUAAGCUCAUCUUCGUGAGCGUGUGCGCUACCAACCUCCUCUACACCACACAGUGACGUGCUCAGUGCAUACACACACCUGCACAACAACUGCUAGGGUCGUAUGUUUACAUAACUGCAACUGUACAUCAAGAGUGUUCCUGCAGUCUCGAGUUUAAUUGUUCACUGUCACUCAGCUGAGUUUUUAUGCUUAGUACCUGGCACUCACUAACAUCAACUGAGCCAUCUGUGUAUAGUCUGGUGCUCAACACCCACUGAGCAGUGGUGCUGAGCGGUGUAGUAACCAAUAUAUUUGUGUGCUCAGCCAAGGGCAUCAUCCUUAUUUAUGAGAGUGUGUUGUGAUGAAAGUGUGCCAGUGUUGUGAUUACUGUGUCAAUUACUUUAUUACAAGGUUAAGUAUUACUACUGUGCUCAACACAUUACGUUCUCUUAAGUGCAUUAUCUGAUUUUUUGUUAAGUGAUAACCUAUUUGUUAAAUGAAACAUUUCUUGUUUAAAUUGAAACAUCUUCCAUUUACGUGAAAACAAAUUUACACAUAAGUGAAAUGCUACGUCAGUAAACUAUCUCCAAAGAUUUAAGUGAAAUAUUCCAUAUUAAUUGAAAUAUUUAAUGGGUAAAAUAUCUAAGUGAUAUAUUUUUUUUUGUGUGAAAUAUUGUUUGUUUGGAGCGACAUAUUUGGUCUUGCCGUGAAGUGUCCACGAAGAUGUAUGUACAAAGGCUCGUGUGAGGGCGUGAUGUUAUUUAUUAUUAUUAUCAUGAUCACCGGUGAGACCAUCAUGUUGCCACGGCUUUAGGUCCCAUCCCUCACACCAGUAUUUAUUGUUUGACACACCCGCCCACGCCCACCCUGCCCCCAUCCUCACUCACGCCCACUUGUUAACGUACCCACCUUGUCAUCUUUAGUGUUGCCCAUACACCCUGUCUUACGUCCACCCAACUCGUUACUCACGCCCACACCAUUCUUAAUUUAAUCACGCUCAUGCACCCACACACCACCACUUCAUCCUAAGGUAAUUGUCAGUGUACAUCUAGCAACUCAUAAUGGUCACUACAUAUUCAUCAUUAUUCAAAACAAAAAUCAAAAUUUAGAUUCAGAUAAUUUAUUUAGAAACAUCAGUAGAAGUUUAUAAACAAAAAAGUCAAAUAGUUUCAUACAAACUCAGAUGUAAAUUACAGGUACGAUAUAAUGAUUUCAAUAUGAAGUUGGAGUUGGUUUAGUGCAGCUGACAAAUGCAGCCAGGCCAGUACAGUAAUCAUGUAUGUCCUUCCUAGGCCAGUGGUAUGUGCAGCAGCUACACCUACCGUCACCCACACAUACAUUAGCCUGCGUCAGUACACUGCUGAAUGGAGACUUCUCCGGUCCGCCAUAUAUAUUUUGAGACACUGUAUACACAAUUCUCAGUAAUAAACUGUAAAUCAUUAUUACACAUACACAUCACCCACCUAUAUCCUUGUACUGUAUUUCGCAGGCCUAACCUCGCCCACAGUUGACCAUGGAAGGUCGUUGUCAUGAAUUUUAUGAGAGAAGCAUCAAAGGAGCAGAGUUAGGAGAUAACACGAGUGAGGGUGAGGGAAAGAUGGAGGGAGGAGCGAGGUGGAACCAUAUAGUUACUCACCACAAUAUCUACAGCUGUGGUAGCAAGGACCUUACCUGCCUACCCUGCCCACUGUACCACCGCGCCCCCACCACGACUCCUCAACACACACAUACCCCCUCAAUCUUAUGUGAAAUAAAACUGUUUUUAUUACAAUAAUUGUGCCCAGUUACCUUGGGUAUUCGUUUGUUAUAUUUAUGAAAAUAUUACUGAGUAAUAAAAAGUGUUAAAGUAA